AUGGAGGAAAUAGCACAAAAGAAGCAAAAAGUACAUAGAAGUCACAAGGUCGGAGGAAAAGCUUCAAAGGCAGCAAAAAAACAACCAAGAACAAAUGUUGGCAGUAAUGCAAAAGCAUUUACAUUUAAAAGUGCUAAUCGUGCUCGUGCUGCAAUUAGAAGAUCCGCUAAUAUAUCUGAAAGAAAAAAACACAUUCCACUUAUUGAUACAACACCGUUAGAACCACCUCCUAUUAUUGUGGCUAUUGUUGGACCUUCAAAAGUUGGUAAAUCAACACUUUUGAAAGGAUUAGUAAAACAUUACCUUCAUAUUACUAUGAAUAAUUUAAAAGGACCUAUUUCAAUUGUAACAGGAAAAACAAGAAGAGUUACUUUUAUAGAAGUUGAAAAUGAUGUAAAUUCUAUGAUAGAUAUUGCAAAAGUUGCUGAUCUUGUGUUAUUGAUGAUUGAUGCAAGUUAUGGUAUAGAAGUUGAAAUUUUUGAAUUUAUAAAUAUUUGUCAAACACAUGGCAUGCCAAAGAUAAUGGGUGUUCUUACACAUUUAGAUUCAAUUAAAAAAACGUCUGAAUUGCGAAAGACAAAGAAAAAUUUGAAACAUAGAUUUUGGACAGAAAUUUAUGAUGGUGCUAAAUUAUUUUAUCUUUCUGGUCUUAAAAGAGAUCAAUAUUUAAACGCAGAAAUAAAGAAUCUUGCAAGAUUUAUUUCAGUUGUUAAAUUUAGACCUAUUAUUUGGAGGCAGAAUCACUCUUAUAUUUUAAUUGAUAGAUUUGAAGACUUAACUAAUCCUGAAGAUGUUAGAAAAAAUCCUAAAUGUGACAGAAAUGUUUCAUUAUACGGUUAUAUUCGUGGUUCUAAUAUGAAAAAUAAUAAUGAUGUUCACAUUUCGGGUGUGGGUGAUUUUAAGAUAAAAGAAAUUUGUACUCUUUCUGAUCCAUGUGCAUUACCAGAUAAAAGGAAAAUGAAAAGGACUUUAAAUGACAAAGAGAGAACAGUUUAUGCUCCAUUUAGUGGACUUGGUGGUAUAGUUUAUGACAAAGAUGCUAUUUAUGUUGAGAAUUCAUUAAUUGAGAAAAAAGAUAAUGAUCAUGAAAAAAAUGGUCUUAUUUCUCAGUUUGAUGAAUUGAAGGAAACCAUAGAUAAGAAAGUAACCAAAUCACAAAUGAAACUUUUAGAAAAAUCUGACAAUGCUAUUCAAAUAAAUAGUGAAUCUGAAAAUGAAAUGAGUGAUGAAGAAAAUUCAAUUGAGGAUGAAGAAGAGGAUAUUGAUGACGAAGAAUUUAGUGAUGAAGAAAUAGUUGAUGAUGAAGAGGAUAUUGAAACAGAAGAAGAAGGAGAAGAAUUAGAACCUGUUGCAAAGAAAUCUAAAUUUAUAGAGGGGUAUGAAAAAGUUGACGAAAAGAAGGAUGAGGAUUGGGAAAAAUUGACUUUAAAAGCAAAAUCAUUAUGGAAAAAAGGAAAAGAAAAUAAAAUUAAUUGGAAUAAACUUAUUUAUAAUCCUUUGAAAAUUGAAGAAGAAGAUUCAAAUGAUGAGGAUGACAACGACAUUAAUUUUUCAGGUGGUUUGUUUAAAAUAUUAAAAAAAGAAAAGGAAAAAAUAAAUAUUUCUAUUGAAAAUCAAGAAGAUGGUUAUUGUUAUACAACUCCUGUUACAUCCAAUACGGCUAUCAAUGAUUUUUACAAAACACGUAGUUGGAACGAUGAUGCUACUAAAUUACUAAUUAGAGAUUGUUUUGUCACUGGAAAAUGGGAUAAUGAAGAUGAUGCUUUUAAUGAUGAUGAAUUUGAUGAAGAGACAGGACUGUGUAAAGAUUCUGAUGAGGAUGAUGAUGAUGAUGGAGAUGGAGAUGAGAGUGUAAAUGGUGAAGAGAAAUCGAAUGGCCCUAAUUUUAUCAAUGAUAAGAAGGCUCUUCAUAAAGAGAAAAUUAAUAAAAAACGUCAAAAAUUAAAGGAACAAUUUAAUGCAGAGUAUGAUGAAAAUAAUGAAGCUUACAACGCAUUAAAAGAAGAGCUUGAUGUUCAAGCUAAGCUGAAUAAAACAAUAUUUGAUGGAAUGGAUGAAGCAACACGAGAAAAACUUGAAGGAUGGCGUGCUGGAAAAUAUGUUCGCAUGGAAUUUGAGUCUCUUCCUUGUGAAUUCGUAGAGAAUUUCAAUGCCACACGCCCAUAUAUUAUUGGUGGUUUGUUACCAGGUGAACAGAACUUAGCAUAUAUUGAAUGUAGAAUUAAAAAACAUAGGUGGUACGAUCGUAUUCUUAAGUCUCGUGAUCCUCUGAUUAUAUCAUGUGGUUGGAGAAGAUUUCAGACUGUAUCUGUAUAUACAAUACAAGAUCACAAUAUGAGGCAUCGAUUUUUAAAAUAUACUCCACAGUAUAUGUUUUGUCAUGCACAUUUUUGGGCUCCUGUUGUUCCACAGAAUACUGGUUUCCUUGCAGUUCAAAGUUUAGAUGAGGAAAAAAAAUCUUUUAGGAUUGCUGCAACAGGAGUUGUUUUAACUAACAAUAAAACACCUGACGUUGUUAAGAAAUUGAAGAUUGUUGGUUAUCCAUAUGAAAUUUUUAAAAAAACUGCUUUUAUUAAAGGGAUGUUUAGUAGCAAGUUAGAAGUUGCUAAAUUUGAAGGAGCAUCAAUAAAAACAGUUUCAGGUAUUCGUGGACAAAUAAAGAAAGCUUUGUCAACUCCUGAAGGUGCCUUCCGUGCUACAUUUGAAGAUAUGAUAAACAAAAGUGAUAUUGUUUUUCUCCGAUCAUGGAUUUCUGUAGAAAUACCUAAAUUCUUUAUUCCUAUUACAGAUAAAUUAUUAAGUAGUGAUAAUAAAUGGGUUGGAAUGAAAACAACUGGUAGACUUCGAUUUGAAAAAGGAAUUACCCUUGAACAUGAUCCUAAUACAAACUAUAAAAACGUCCAAAGACCAGAGUUUGUUAAGAAAGAAUUGGUUAUAUCAAAAGAUCUUCAAAAAUCGUUACCAUAUAAACUUAAACCUAAGAUGGCUGAUGUUAAAAAAGAUACACGUGAACCUAUUGUCAAAAAACAUACUGCUAUUGAAUUGUCACAUGAAGAAGAGAAAAUUGAUAAUUUCAUGCAAUCUGUCAAAGAUACUUAUAAAAAUAGACUUGAAAAAGAAAAACAAAAGAAUCAGUUGAGAUUAGAAAAACGUAAUAAAGAAUUAAAGGAAAUUGAAGAAAAGAAAAUGAGAAAAUCAAAACAGACAAAGAAGAAUAUUUGUCGUCGAAUGUCAAAACAAGAACAAGCUAGAGUUAGAAGAGCAGCAAGAGGACCAAAAUAG